CUCAUUCAUUUAGUAGCCUACUAGUCUUGCAACGCAGAGGAAUCAUGCCUACAAGUGUACUCCUCUCUUAAGCACUCCACGCAUUAGAAAAACAAUAGUAAAGCAUCGUCGCGCAACCGAAGGAACCUUAUAUCAACCUGGAUAUAUUUCGAAUCGCAAAGAUUCACUUUUAAAGAAACCCCGAGGAAAACAUUUUUUUGCGUUUUGUUUCGCCGCGCUUGGACAAAACUGGGUUGUGUUGCCAGAUCGGCGUCUCAAGUGCGCAGUGCUUUAUCGGGCGCUUGCACCAUCUUUCAGGCGUCACUCGUGGAUUUACCCUCACCUUGGACAAACUAGUGAAUUAAAUUCGCUGCACCGAGUGGAGGAAUAGCGGCAGAUCAAGCACCACUGUUUGGAUACAACAUUUGUAAUGAGCUUUACAUUUUAAAAUAAGCUCGUUUCAAACAAUUUUGGAUGGGUGCUUGGUAUAUUGGCUGAUGGAUCCUACACUAUGGAUGGUUGCAUAUAGGAUUUCAGAUGCAUGCCAAGUCCACAGUGAAUGUCGGAAGUGGUGAUCACCCCAGAUGGAGCUCCAAAGUCAACAUGGCACCGGCGGCUCAUUAGUAGUGAUCCAGCAGCCUUCCCUGGAGGGCCGGCUGGACCGUUUGGACUACGAACGGGAGUUCCAGCAUGCCGCCAUCCUCUCGCUUGACCAAAUCAAGGCCAUCCGCUCCAACAACGAGUACACGGAGGGGCCGUCGGUGGCACGCAGGCCCACCGCACCUCGCAUGGUAGUUGCCCCGCGGCCGGAAAAGCAUGAGAGCACCCACGAGAUCAUACUGGUCAAUGUGAACAACAACUAUGAGCACCGGCACCACCACCACCACCAUCCGGGGACUGCCCUAGUGGGACAGCAUUACAAUGGACGGGCGCCCGGCCUAAGCCGGUCCACCAGCACGGGCAGUGCUGCCAGCUCGGGCAGCAACAGCAGCGCCUCGUCCGAGCAGGGCCUCCUGGUACGCUCCCCUCCGAGUCGGCUCGGCUCUACCCACCACCACAACCACCAUCACCACCACCACCACAGUGGCAGCGGCACCGGCACCGGUGGCCUCCACCACAGCAUCAGCGGCAGCCACCGGCCGGACAGGCCCGUACGGACUCAGCCCAAGGCGCUGUCGCUGACCCCCCAGCAGCAGCAGCAGCAGCUGCUCCUGCAGCACCUGGAGGCUCCCCUGAAGCCCUCGGCCAAGAGCGGCCCGGGCGGCGGAAUCGGCGGCGGCGGCCUCGUCCCGUCUGCGGGCGACGCCGCGUCCGGCCACCAGUUCAUCUGCGAGCGCUGCGGCAAGUGCAAGUGCGCGGAGUGCACGGCGCCCCGGACGCUCCCCUCGUGCCUGGCGUGCAGCGGGCAGUGCCUGUGCUCGCCCGACAGCGUGGUGGAGCACGGCACGUGCAUGUGCCUGGUCAAGGGCCUCUUCUACCACUGCUCGAACCGCGACGACGACGAGGGCGACUCGUGCGCCGACCACCCGUGCUCGCUGUCGCGCUCGCACUGCUGCUCGCGCUUCCUGUGCAUGGGAUUAAUGUCGGCGAUCUUCCCCUGCCUGCUCUGCUACCCGCCCGCCCGCGGCUGCGUCAAGGCCUGCCAGGACUGCCACGACCGCGUCAACCGGCCAGGCUGCCGCUGCAAGAACUCCAACACUGUCUAUUGCAAACUGGAGAGCUGGCCCCCCCAGGCUCCAGAGAAGCCUUCCUGAUCCCUAAUGUGUCUCUCCAGGGAGGGGGGGAUUCACCCCCCCAAGCCCCUCUUCUUUCCUUCACCCGUGUGCUCAUGUGGUUCUGAGGAUGAUUAUGACAAUGAUGAUAAUGAUGAUGAUUAUGAUGAUAAUAAUCAUUGCUAUCGAUGUUUAUCAAAACAUUUUAAGCACCUCCCACCCUCGCCAGUUUGAAUGAGGGCUUUCUGCUAGGAGUGAUGAGCAUGGAGUAUGAAAACCACUCUCUUUUUUUCUUCUUUGUUUCAACAGGACCAUUUUUUUUUAUUUUUACAAAUCAGUGUUUGCCUUAACCGUUUCCUUUGUCUCUUUGGCUACACAUUAACACUCGUUAUAAAGAAUUUUCUGUUAGCUAGGCAGAGUUUCCCUGGUGCUUUAAGCCUGGGCCGUGUGGCCUCUUACCAAAAUCUGUGAAGGACUAUCUAGCUAGACAAUAUGUAGCUGUUACCAGAUCAUAGCAACCAGGAGUGCUUUGAGUGAUCCGUUGCUACCACAUUAAGGCUAUGGGUAACCUUGGUUCCUUUUGUAUUAAGGAGAGCACAUGUAUCACAUAGUAUUUCUGUUGGAUGGUUCUCCCCCCACUCCCGAGACUUUUACCAACCAUUCUGUGGCAUUCUUACCCUUCUUAUUUUGUUCUCAUUUUUUUGUAAAUUGUAUGUUCAGAUCCAUAAGAGAAAUUCCGGCUAUUUUUUAAAAAAAGAAAAUGUCUGUUAAAACAUUUUUUGUUGUACAAAAUAUUUAUUAUGUGAAGCUCUAUUAUUUUAUGAUAUUUAUUGCAAAAGACAGUCUUAAACUUACUCAUGUCUGAAUAUAACAAAAUAUCAAUACUUACUGAAAAAUUAAAGGGUGGCACAAAAGAAAAACUAUGUUAACUUUAAUGCAGAAAAUAUAUUAAUUAAUGAAAAAUAUA